AUGGCCGCACCAGCGGCCACGGCCGUGGCGCCGGCCCCAGCCGCGCAGCAGGGCGCCUCGCCGCCCGCUGCUGCGCACGCUGCCGCAGCGCUGUCGCCCCCGCUGGCGCGCUCCGUCUCGAUGACGCUCGAGCCGCUGUCCAUCGCCUACUACUGUACUGGCCACGGCCUCGGCCACGCUACGCGCGCGAUCGAGGUGUGCAAGCACCUGGUGGCGCGGGGUCACUCCGUCACUGUGGUGACGGGUGCCCCUGCCAGGGUCUUCCUGCAGCAGGUGCCCGCCGCGCGCUUCACGCUGAGGAAGGCGGUCCUCGACUGCGGGUCUAAGCAGCUGGACCCCUUCACAGUCGACAGCCGCGGCUCCCUGGAGGAGUACCACAAGACAGCGGUGGCCCACAGGGACGAGCUGCUGGCGGGGGAGGUGGGAAACCGCCAAUUGCUGAUUGUUCAAUAG